CCGCUGUCACCGUGACAGGUUUACAGUACACCACACAACAUUGGGUCACGCAGUUAUCUACAUACGCCGUAUCUCACUUAGCAGAGCGAAAGCGAAAAUAGGAUACUGGGGGUAUCGUUAGGCAGUUUCUCCGCAGUGGGCGAAGUUACCUUUAAUACGUACAUGACAUGUGCACAAUCCUCCGGCCGAGAACAGAUAUAUAUCACCUGAUAUAAGAAAACCCAAGCAUAACCACAUGCGUGGUCUGGGGGGGAGAAGAUUUACCCGUGACACAAUCGGAUGAUACUGAUUGGAAUUCACGAGUCUGACGUAAGGCUAUCUCCAUAGUAACAAGGAACAGACCAGUUGCAGAAGAAUGAGUUAUCUUCAAGGUCAGCUUCCUCAUGGCACUUCUCUUCCACAACAGAUAGAGCAAGGUGACCUACACCAGCAGCAGCAACAACAACAACAACCACACCUACCUAUACAACAACAGAUGCACUACAUGCAAUACACGCAAUCACCAAGACAAGAUGGACAGUUCUUGCAAUCGGAAGGUUUUGGUCACUGUGAUCCCCAGCAACAACAGCAUCAAGAGGAGUUUCAGUCCCUCAUUGGAACCAGUCAAGAAUAUGGUGGUUCACAGUCUAUGAUGCACUUAGGAACACACCAGCAAAUAUCCCAGGCGGAUCCGUCAUUAGGGAAACCCAGUCAAGAAUAUGACCCUUCGAAACAACAAUAUCAACACCAUGGCCUCCCUCUUGGAAGCCAGCCUGUAAUUGCACAUAACCAAGGAUUUGGCGACCCACAGUCUAUGGCCCCUCAACCACCAGAUGUGACACAGAAGUUCCAGUCAACUCUGGAAGCAAAUCAAGGAGUUAUACAGUUUGCAGUGCCAGAACAUCACUAUCAACACCAAGGCAUCGCCCGGGGAACCCAGCCUGGGGCAGGACCUGGCCAAGCAUAUGGUGGUCCACAGUCUAUGAUGGAACAGGUGAAACCUGAUGUUUCACAGAACUUACAGUCAAUGAAGGGAGAUCAACACGAUCAACACAUACAAACAAGUAUGUACAUGUUGCACGACAGUGACCCAUCGCGUGACUUCCACCAGCAUCCUCAUGCGGAAAGGUUUAUCCAACAUACAUCCCUUAUGGAUCAAGGCCUUGCACCUGCUAUCCACAGUCUUUCUGAUUUACAAUCGUCCAAAGAGGCCAGUAACAGUUCAUCAACAUACAACAGAGAUGCUUCUGCUGGUGGAUACACUGGAACAGGUCAACAACACCCACCUCAUAAUGCUCAUCCACAGCAAUACCAGGGUCAAACUGAAACAUCGUACCCUCCUUCACAGCGCAAUCCACAGCAAUACCAGAGUCAAAGUGGAAGGACAUACGUUCAUGGUGAUCAACAUCCUCUCCAUGGUCCAGCUGUAGGGCUAUAUCCCCACGGCCAGCAACAUCCUCUCCAUGGUCAAACUGCAAACCCAUACUCUCCUGAUACAACACAUCAAUACCAAGGUCAAGCUCAAAGACCAUACCCUCCUGCUGCGACUCAUCAAUACCAAGGUCAAGCUCAAAGGUCAUAUUCACAUGACAUUCAACAUCAGCAAUCAAAUCUACAAGGAAAUGGCAGACCGUCAUAUACCCCUCACCAGCAACGUCAAUUCCAGGGUCAAGUUGAAAGACCAUAUUCCCAUGACCAACAACAUCAACAACAAAAUCUGCAAGGAAAUGCCAGGCCAACCCCACCAACACCUACAGGCGCACGUUGGGGACAAAUGGAUCAUUCACCACGUCAUCUGCAACCCCAAACAGCGAUGUUUGAUCAGUAUUCAGUAGGUAUUGGGUGGGCAUCUGAGGGAGGACCUCACCACGCUCAAUCGCCACCUGUUCCUGCAGAGGGAGACCUUUCCCCUCAACACCAAUAUAUCCAUGCCCCAAGGGGGCCUAGUCCAUACUUCUGGGGUGAUCAUGUAGGAAAACCUGCCAUCGAACAUCCAACUGGAGAUCCUGGUUACCCUGACAAUCAGCCAAAAGUGCAAGCUUCACAUGGUGCCACAGAACCUAAUGGGGAUGGACACAGACUCCUGCUUAUGAAUAUUGGCCCAGGAACAUUUGAGGACACUCUUAAGAACUUCCUCGAGUCAAAGGCCGAUGCUGAUAUCGAGGGAUUUGAGUGGGCAGAAAACAAGAAGUCGGCCAUUGUUACUUUCAAGACCAAACUGGAUGUCCCAACUGUCAUUGCUGCAUGUAAAAGCACAAAGAUUGAAGGAAGUAACAUCCAAGUGAAGCCAGUUCCCAGGUCCAAAUGUCUAAAAGUAGAGGGGUUGUCCAGGAAUGCAACGAAAGACAGCAUUCGCUUCUACUUCGAGAACAAGAAAAAUGGAGGAGACUCCACUGAUGGGGUAGAUCUAUACAUGGAAACACACACUGCCCUGGUUCACUUCACAGCAUAUGGAACUGCUGAAGAAGUAAUUGAAAAAGGUCCCCACAAGUUACAAGAUCAUAUUCUCGAUGUAAGUAUCCAUGACGACCUCCCCGGGUUCUCUGAACACACAGUCAAGGAUGCUGAGCCGUCCCAGAGGGGGACAUCUCCAGCUGUAGACGAUGGUGAUCAGGUGGAUGGAUUCAGGAUCCUGGUUCUGAAUAUUGGGCCAAGAACCUCUCAGGAUACCCUUGAGAACUUUCUGGAGGCCAAGGCAGGACUAGAUGUGAUGCAUGUUGAAUGGGGAAACGGAAGGAGAGCAGCAGUUGUAACAUUCAAGGACAGACUAGAUGUUAAAACUAUUACAACUGCAUGCUCAAACAAGAAAAUCGAUAACCACAUACUACAAAUAAAAGCAGUAGAGAAAUCCAAGUGUGUGAAAGUCAGUGGGUUGUCGGACGGCACAACAGAAGACACUGUUCGCUACUACUUCAUGAACAAGAAGAGGGGAGGAGAGAUUGAUCACAUCGAACUGUUCAAGGAAGCUAGGAUGGCUUUGGUCAGAUUCCAAGACUAUGGUGUGGCUGAGAGGGUUUGUCAGUCAGCCCACAAGCUACGGGAGCACCUUCUGACUGUGACAAUGCACACAGACACAGCAGAUUUUGUAGCUGAAGGUUCUACAGCUGCCAAGGCAAAAGUCAUCAAGAGCCUCUCAGAUGACGAUGACCAAGGGGAAGGGGAGGAAGAUGUCCCAGAUGACAUGAAGAUGCUGAUCCUGAACAUUGCACCAGCAACUCCCCUGGGAACUCUGGAGAACUUCCUCGAGAGCAAAGCUGAAUCUGAAGUGGCGGACAUCAAGUGGGGAGGGGGAGACUCAUGCAAGUCAGCCCUCGUCACCUUUGACAGCAAGCCACGUUUUGCCAAAGUAAAGGAAGCAUGUUCAAAGAAAAUGGUUGAAGGCCACAGACUAACGGUCAAACAAGUUAUGAAGUCGAGAUGCUUGAGAGUGACAGGACUACCAGACAACGCAAGCAAGGAUAGUGUACACUUUUACUUCGAGAACAAGAGAAGAGGCGGACCUCUGAAAAAGAUACAAUUCAUCCCCGAAAAGCAUACAGCGUAUUUGUGGUUUGAAGAAUAUGGGGUGGCAGAGAGAGUGUGCGGUCAGACCCUUAAGCUAAAUGACAAAACACUGAAAGUAGACAUGCAUAUAGAUAUUCCGGAAUUCAUGCCAACUGAGGCAGAAAAAGACAAAGUGGAAGGUUCAGAUGCACUCGGGGCUGCAAUGAUACCAGUCUCUAAACCAAAACAUCAGUCACAAUGGCGUUAUUUAGUUAAAUCAAGUGAUGCACACAUUAUGCGGUACAUCAAUAAAUCCGAGCCAGAGAAGACAAAACUUCAGGAUGAUCUGAAGAGCCAUGAGUGUGCGCUCAGAUUCAUCCCGCAGCCUAAUGGUGUAGUACUUGAAGCCACAAAUAAAAGAACAGACACAGAAGGUACCAACAAGGAGACAUGGAUGAAAAGAGUUGAUGCAGCCAUACAAGCCUCUCUGGAGGAGAUGAACCUAACAGUUGAAACACUGGAGAUUCCGGAGGGAAUCACAAUGGGCAGACUGCAGAUGAAUCAGGAUUUCCAGAAGAUACCGACAAAGACAAGUGUUAGGAUAUAUACAGGUUCUGGCGUAUUGCAGGUGGUUGGAUGUAGAGACAGGAUGAAGGAGGCUUUGGAAUCUUUGAAGGAAAUUUUAGCUUUAGCAGGACCUAAAGAAAGUCACACACAGUCUGUCAAGAAUUACCUGAUGCGCUAUCUCCAAAGGUCCAGUUUCCUUAUGCGAUGUAGCAAGCUGCAUCCUAAUGUUGAAGUUCAUUUGAAGGUCCAGGACGAUAUGCUGAUUUUAGAAGGAUCAAAAACUGAAGUACAGAGUGUCAAACUAAUGAUCCAUGAGGAAUUCAACUCACUUCAAAAAGACUCUCUUACAUUCAAGACAAAUGGAGCUGUAGCGAUAUUGAGAACUUGUUCCUUGCCAAAACAACUGGAGGAUGCUGGUGUUGUAUGCUCCUGGCAGAAGGAAGACCAGAAGAGGAUAACCCUCUAUUGUCCAAACACUGAUGACAUAUGCAAAGCUAAAGACAUCAUCAAGAAAACAAUUUGUGAAGAGAUUAUUCGUCUGGACAAAUCCUCCUCUUACAGCUUACAAUCAGCAGACUGGCGUGAAAAACGAAAGCAGCUCUUGGAAUCAUAUCCAGGACAGCUUCAGAUAGGUGUGGAUACUGAUGCAGUCAUGGUGGCAGGUGAUCAUAGCAUUUUUCAGGAUGUCGUCUCAGAAAUUGAUAAAUAUUUUGACAUCAACUCGGUGAGGGAAUACUUUCUACAGUUUGAGGAACCACGAGUCAAAUUUCUGCAAGCACAUGGUAUUAACAAGGUUCGACAACUGGAACUAAGUCUUCAGGAUCUUAAAGUGCACAUUCAUUUUGGAGAAGGUUGUUUUGCGUGUGGAUUUACAAUUUCAGGAUUAAAUGCUGGAAUAAACAAGGCAAGGAAAGAGCUUGAGAAAUUGCUUUCAUCCAUUAAAUCAAAAGACCACAGUCUCAUGCUGCCAGGGAUAAGAUAUUAUUUCACGAAAGGUGGAGGUAAAGAGCUACUAACUGGCAUAGAACACCAGACAGAAACAAUUAUCCGACCGAAAGACCUUCUGCAGAAGAUGCCCUCUGUCAGUAGGUCAUGGGCGCUGUCAGAUGAUCACAUUGUGUCAGUGGUAAAAGGGGAUAUAUGCAGCUUAAAGGUUGAUGCUAUUGCCUACACUGCCAACACAGACCUUAAACUUGUGGCAGGCCUCUCUAAAGCCAUUGCAACGGCGGGGGGCAAGAUCAUACAGGAGGAGUGUACAAAGGUGAUCAAGGAUAAAGGUCGUCCGUCAGUUGGAGAGGUCAUCUGUACUGGUGGUGGUCGUCUUCCAUGCAAGCUUGUACUUCACGCUGUGUCCCCAAAGAGGCAGGACGGGAAACAUGGAGAGGAAGGUGCAUUGCAGAAGACGAUAAAGAACAUUUUGAGGCAGUGUAAGAAAAAGCAUGUGAGAAGUCUGGCACUCCCUGCGAUCAGCACCGGACUUGGGUACCCUCUGGCGGAUGCUGUAAAGGGGAUUCUGGAGACUCUUCAACAUAACUGGCAAAAGGAACCAACAGGACUUCGAGAAAUCAUCCUCUGUGACAUCAAUCCCAAUGUUGUGGAACAAUUUAUCCAAACUACCGACAGUAUAUGUUAUGGAGCUAGGCCAAAAUGCCCGGAAAGGAAGAAGAAAGAAGAAGAAGAAGAAAAGGAGGAGGAGGAGGAGGAGGAAGAGGAGGACCAAAGGGAGAGUGACGGAGGUUCGAGGGAAGAUGAAGAUUCAUCCAGUGACCUCUCAGAUGCUGAAGACCAACCUGAAAGAAUACAAGUUAUUGUUGGAGAGUUGUCUAAGCAAAAGGCUGACGUCCUUGUCAACCCAACUGGGAAGGAUCUCAACAUGUCCGUGGGUGCUGUAUCCCAGUCCCUGCUGCAGGCGGGUGGGAACGCCAUACAGACAGCCUGUAAGGAGAAGUAUCCCCGGGGAGUGAAAACUGGCAAGGUUGCCAUGACAACAGGCGGAGAUCUCAAAUGUAAGAUGAUCUUCCAUGGGAUCCUUCAGGCGUGGAACCAUGGAAAAGAUGCACCGGAUUUGGUCUUGCAGUGUCUGGUGAAGCGGUGUUUGGAAGAAGCGGAUACCAAGGACUACCAGUCUGUGGCCUUCCCAGCUCUUGGUACAGGGAAGUUGGGGUUCCCCGCGGAUGUCUCGGCCAGUCUCAUGUUCAAGGCUGUUUCCUCGUUCCUGAAGGAACAUCCCGGAACAUCCGUCCAAGCGAUCUACUUCAUUGUACAUCCCAAAGACACUCCCGUAAAGAAGGCAUUUGAGGCGGAAAGCAGAAAAUCUGACCACGAUUGUAGUCCAAGGGAGCACAGGAGGAACGACGGGGCAAGACCACGUGAAUCCAGGGCAAAUGAUCAAGACAGUUCACACAGGCGCUACCCAGAAAGCUCCAACUUUCUGCUGACAGAUACCUUCACCUUUGGUUCUAUGAAGAUCAAGAUCGUCCAAGGAGAUCUGACCAAGGAGAACACGGACUGCAUCGUCAGCUGUAGCGGCGAGUCAUUUGACCUCAAGCAUGGCGCUGUUUCCAAGGCUCUCUUGUCUGCAGCAGGGCCCGAGCUUCAAGUGGAGUGUACUUCCAGAAAGGACGAGCUGUCCUCGGCAGGCCUGGUCCUCACCCAGGGCUACAAGCUCCACUGCAAGCACGUCCUCCACCUGAAAGUCCAGACGUCGGCGUGGGGGUGGGGUUCCACCCUCCUGGAGUGUCUCAAGAGAGCGGAGGGAGAAGGGUUGACGUCACUGUCCAUGCCAGCUCUUGGCACAGGAGGUCAGAAGAUAGCCCCGGGCAAGAUGGCGUCGUCCCUGCUCUAUGCCGUGAAGAAGUAUGCAGACACGCACAGUCAGCCGACGCUCCAGAAUGUCCGAGUGGUCAUCUUCCAGUCGCCUAUGGUCAACACGUACAGAGCCGUGUUCGCCGGAAAACAGCCGGGGGUGGACGCGCCGCACGAGCGCAAGAAGAGAGACGACAGAUCAGGCCCGCGCCACCAUGGUGCCUCUCAUGGGACGAAAGCAGAAGACAAGAUCGUUUUGUGUAUCUACUCCGACAUCUGGACGAACAUCACCGCAGCUAGAGAUCGACUGAAGGAAGUCUGUGCAGACGAGUUUCAAACCAAAACUAUCGGUCACAAAUGGGCUAGCAAAAUUGAGAAGUUGGAUGAUGAAGAGAUAUCACGUCUGGAGAGCAUGGCAGGGAAACAAAAUGUCGCCAUUGCCCGCAAGGGACCUUCACUAGACAUCACUGGCAGAGUCAGGAACGUGGCCGAGGUCCAUGAGAAGAUCGUGGAACUGUUUCAGACGGAGGCUACAGGUGCCCACUUAAAGGAAGAGGCUAAGCUGGUGGCGAACCUGGUGGAGUGGAUGUAUGUGGCGGGCGGCAAGUCCAGGCCUUUCACUCCUGGCCUCAACUGUUGUUUAGAGAAGGCAUAUAAAGCCAAGGAGAAGAGUUUGGAAAUAAAAGAUGCCAGAGGGAGAACCUAUUCUGUGGAUUUCCAGAAGAUGACAGAAAUGCCCAAAGCUGGUGGAAAACCGAUAAAGAUUGAACGUCUUGAGAAAGCAAUACGCGGAGGUUUGUCCAAGCUGGUGAAGGGGGAGAAGGAGGCCAUGUCAGGAACCAAGACCACAUACUUCUCCCUGAAACCAGAACGCACCUUCAAAGGAAAUGCCGAGGACCUUCACUUCCGGACAGCCGAGUCCCAGUUCUACAGACUACUGGGAACAUCAGGGUCAAAGUACUGCGUUACGAAGGUGGACUAUGUGGUCAACCCACCUCUCAUCAAGAAAUUCAGGGCAGCGCAGGCGGCCAUGAAAGCAAAACGAGGCCCUGACAAGGCCGAGCCAGUGUUAGCAUUCCACGGGACAAACGAGGCAACCAUUGGAAAGAUUUGUGAAGGUGGCUUUAAGAAACCAGGUGACCCAGGGUUUGCCGCGAAGACUGACUCCGGCUAUUACGGUAGCGGAGUUUACUUCAGCGAAUAUCCCGAGUAUUCCAUGGGCUACAUCGCUGGAGCUCAGAAGAUUCUUCUGUCUCAAGUCAUCCUUGGCGAGGUUUUCCACUGCAAGGGGCUGAUGAACGGCGCAUCUCUCCAGUCAGGGUACGACUGUCACACCUCGCCAGACGGAAAGGAGCUCAUCAUUUUCGACACCGCCUGCAUACUUCCUUGCUACAUCGUUCACUACGGCCCGUCACAGGGAGUUUUCAAAUACGCCUAGACACCACCUGUCCCUUGCUACAUCGUCCACUACGGCCCGUCACAGGGAGUUUUCAAAUACGCCUAGACACCACCUGUCCCUUGCUACAUCGUCCACUACG